AUGCACAUGACCACGCCCAUCGUCGCCCUAACCUCUCUGGCCUCAGCCGUAUCAUGCUCUGCUGCUGCCAAGCAGUCGAGCCAAGAAAGCACCAUUCUCGCUACCUUGGCUGGAACAUACUCUCUUAUGAACACCUCCUCCACUUUCAACAAUGUCCCCGUUCCAGACUCGACAUAUGGCAAAAACCCCGUCGGCCUCCUCAUCUACACUGCCGCUGGCUUCAUGAGCGCUACAAUCACCGCUACAGAGCCUGAGUUCAGGCCCAACGUCAGUUUUCCCUUCAAACCAAACGAGACGGAUGCCCAGUGGGCGCAGGUCGGCAGACACAGCAUCGGCUAUGCAGGUCCUUUGAGCGUCAACAUGGAACUACCGGCCAAUGGGACAAGUGGACAGGUCUUCCAUGGGCCAUUGACUGUAGCGAACGUACCGACAAUGGUUGGAGACAGGCAGCGCAGGAAUUAUACGGUUAUAGACCGCAUGGAGGAGGGCAAGGUGGUGAAGUAUCUGAGGAUUGGGAGUGAGAGGGGAGGUGGCAACAGAGGCUUCCUUUGGUGGAAGAAGAUAGAUUAG